AUGCCACAAAUUGAAGACAAGCCCGAGUUUCUUUAUGAAUCGUGGGGUCUCUAUGCUUUAGGCCUCAUCAUUCUACUCGCUCGUUUCUUUGUGCGAUUGAGAGCUGUUGGAUGGCGGGGCCUCCAAGGCGAUGAUGCCUUUUCUUUCCUUGUUAUGCUCUUUUAUACGACGGACGCAGUCACAGUGCACUUAAUAUACUACCUUGGCACCAACAUAGAAGCCGGAGUCGCAGCGCUGGACCAUAAACUCAGCGAAUCUGACAUUCGUCAAUAUGAGCUAGGCUCAAUGUUCCAACUUGUCGCUUGGUAUUCCUACACAGCACUCAUCUGGAGUCUAAAGGGUACUAUGCUCUGCUUUUUUGCCCGCAUGACAAUUGGAACAUGGCACAAAUCAUUUGUCCAGAUAGUAUCACUCCUGUGCGGUAUAACCUAUGCUGCUGUUGUUCUCACCAUCUCAAUCGGAUGCCUUCCUUACAAAGCAAACUGGCAAGUUGUGCCUGAUCCUCCAGCAAGAUGCAGUUUCAAAAUUCAAAACUUCUUGGUUACUACUGUACUCAAUGUCCUAACUGACGGCCUGAUUCUUUGCAUCCCACUACCCCUUCUUUGGAAACUCCAAAUUCCUUUCCACAAAAAAUUCGUCAUCGGCCUACUUCUUUCAUCAGGAGUAUUCGUCAUGGCAGCCGCCCUGGUCCGCGUCGUCCUCACCCUCUCAGCCAACCCCUCAGCACUCAACAUCAACGCCUGGGGCAUCCGCGAAACCAUCGUCGGCAUAGCGACAGUCAACAUUCCAAUCCUCCGAUCACUAUUCUCACCAUCGUUCUGGAGAGGAAAAGUACCUAGUGAAAUCUGCCCGUCGUAUCAGGGAUCGUCAGGAAGCGUGCGCAACAGACUCGCCAAGCAAAACAUUUCGACACCAUAUGGGAUGAAGAGAGUUUUUGAUGGCAGUGGUGGAUGGAAACAUAGCCAUGCAAAGAGCGAUGAGUCUUUGAAUCCAAAGUUGGCUGAUAUUAUCGUCGAAAGGUCGUAUCAUGUUCAACACGAGCAUUACGAUGGAUGGCGGGGACAUCAGCAUGCGAGAUCUAACACGUCGAUUUAUGCACAGUCACCAGUAUGA